AUGCCGCAAGGUUCUCUCCCAGUUCGUCACCUUGGAGUCCCACUAUGCACAAAGAAGCUUUCAUUACACAACUGUGAAGUCUUAAUUCAGCAAAUAAAAAGCAAAUUCAACUCAUGGAGUGUGAGAGCCUUAUCUUUUGCUGGGCGUCUACAACUUAUCAAGACUGUUAUUGCCGGAAUAACAAACUUCUGGUGUUCAUCCUUUGUGCUCCCUAAAGCAUGCAUCAAACGUAUAAACUCGCUCUGCGGAGUUUUCCUAUGGAAGGGUAACAUUGAAGUCAGACACACAGCAAGAGUUAGUUGGGAAGUUGUGACAAGACCGAAAUCAGAAGGAGGAUUAGGUGUUCGGAACCUGGAGAUAUGGAACAAAGCUUGUAUAUUGAAACUGAUUUGGCUUCUUUUCUUUGAAGCUGGCUCCAUUUGGGUGGCUUGGUUUACAGACACGGUGCUAAAUGGUGAUCUCAACUCAUUCUGGACGGUCAAACCAAAUCCAAGGAACUCAUGGUUAGUAAAUAAACUACUCAAAUCAAGGAGUGAGAUUUAUAACUGGAUUAAACUUCGAGUAAGGAAUGGAGACACCUGCCGUUUUUGGACUGAUAAUUGGUCAGACUUUGGUUGUUUGAGAAGCUUCCUGGCGAAUGACUUCAACUCCACGCUAGGAAUCCGAGAGAAUGCUACUUUGUCUUCUCUAUACAGGAAUGAUCACUGGCUUUUGCCACAUCCUAGGUCAGAGAAGCAGCUUCAGCUCCAUGCUUUCCUCACUACAAUUGAGUUCACAACAGAAGCGGACUAUUAUGAGUGGGAACUAGAAGGUAACACUUACAAAACCUUCUCUACUGGUCAAGUUUAUGGAAUCUUAACUGGACAGGGAAUCUCUGUUCCCUGGGCGCAUAUUGUUUGGAUUGUGGGGGGUAUUCCAAAACACUCGUUCCUCUGUUGGCUCUUUCUCCUUAACCGCUGCCCCACAAGGGAUAGAUUAUUGAGUUGGGGCCUUCAAACACCACCGACUUGCUUGCUCUGUAACUCGUCACCGGAGUCAAGGGACCAUCUCUAUUUCCUGUGCCCCUAUACUUGGAGCUUGUGGAAUCAACUAGCUCGUCGCUGCGGCCUGAACCCACAACAACAAUGGAGUAAUGUCAUAACUCAACUUCAAUCACACAGUAGCCGAACCUGGAAAGGAAAACUGAUCUUACUUACAUGGCAGAGCUGCAUCUCUUGGACAUGGCAGGAAAGAAACAAUCGACUACAUCGCAAUAGCUUCCGUUCGGUGGAUGGGUUAAUGAAGCUGAUUGAUCGUCAAAUCAGGGACAAAAUUCUGAGCUUUCGUGAUAAGAAUCCUCUUCUCUCUUCAAGGAUGAUGCAAAAAUGGCUUGCAUGA